AUGUCAAUGAACACCAUGACGGUCGACGUCUGGAGGACCGCAACCGGCGAGAUGGAGCUCCUGCCUGGAAACAUCCGAAAGCUCAUCGGAUCUAGCCAUCCUUUCUUGGACGAGGCUGCCAAGUAUUAUACUCGAGCAGAAGGGAAGCACUUGCGACCGCUCAUUGUGUUUCUCAUGAGCCAAGCCACCAUGCCCUGUCGACAGGCCUCGCAGUCUGCGAAGCCGGCAACAAAAUCGAAUUCCACUUGUCCCGGUUCGGCAGAUACACCGACCAUGGGCCAUCCCGUCAGGGAGAGCAACUUGAACACGUUGGUCGCCGAGAUCAGUGAGCUCCUGGGCACAGCUCGACUUGACAAAGACGCAUUUAUAUCGCCGCCACCAUCGCCGCCGUCGCCAGCUGCACCUCUUACGCCAAUCAACCAGAAGAAUUACCUGGAAGAGUCCCGAACCGCCGAGGUUGACAUACUUCCGGCCCAAAGACGGCUCGCUGAGAUCGUCGAGAUUAUCCACACAGCUUCAUUGCUACAUGAUGACGUGAUUGACAAUGCCAACUCUCGAAGGGGCUUGCCGUCGGCGAAUCUGGCGUUCGGGAACAAGAUGGCCACAUUAGCUGGCGACUUUCUCCUAGGCCGAGCCUGCAUGGCCUUGGCUGGCCUACACCAUCCAGAAGUCAUGGACCUGAUAUCCGCAGCCAUCGCAAAGCUUGUGGAAGGCGAGUUCAUGCAGCUCAAAAACACACAGUACGACGACCCGAGCCCAAAAUGGUCAGCGGAGGCGCUAUGCUACUACCUCCAAAAAUCGUACCUCAAGACCGCCAGUCUCAUAUCCGCAUCGAGUCGCGCGGCAGCACUGCUCGGCGAUGCGGACAGCAAGACGGUUGACGCGGCGACCGCGUAUGGAAGAAACUUGGGCAUGGCGUUCCAGGUAGUCGAUGACAUUCUGGAUUACACACGGAGCGGGACGGAGUUGGGUAAGCCGGCGGGAGCAGACCUCGAGCUCGGCCUUGCAACAGCGCCUCUCCUCUUUGCCUGGGAGCAGAUGCCGGAGCUGGGUGUGCUCAUCGGUCGCAAGUUCCAGCACGAAGGCGAUGCGCGAGAUAUGGUCCUGAGGAGUGAUGGCAUCGCCAUGGCGUAUGCGCUGGCAUACGACUACUCGCAGAAAGCCAUCGCGGCUAUUCGUGACUUUCCGCAGAGUGAGGCCAAAGACAUUCUGGUGCAAAUUGCGCAGUGGACGGUGCAGCAGUAG